AUGAUGGCUUCGAGCACGCCGUUCAGCGAGGCUGAACGGUAUAAAUUCAACACAAUAUUUAGCAAUAAUGGGUCUACCUUCCAGCAUAAUAUACCAGCCAACCCACUAAUGGCAACGGGAAGAUGCGAGACAUGGAAGAGGGUUAAGCUUUUGGCCAGAGGGGCAUUUGGAACUGUUUGGUUGGAAACUGAAGAGAAGGGUCAGCAGCUGAGAGCGGUUAAAAGGAUUGCAAAGACCACUAACGCGCUACAUUUGAGGGAGUUGUUGACCCUCACAAAGCUGACAGUGUAUCCGAAACAUUUCGUCCAGUUUCUCGGCUGGUUCGAGAGUGAGGAGGAUAUGUACUUCGCGAUGGAGUAUGUCAAGCAUGGUGACCUCAGUAGGCUCAUUAACAAGAGUAGUGCACCGAUUGCGGAGAGUGAUGUGAAGAGUAUCUCACGACAAAUUCUCGAUGGAUUAAAAGUCAUGCACGACAACAAUUUCUGCCACCGAGACCUAAAGCCAGAGAAUAUCCUAGUCGUUUCACCAUCACCUAUCAUCGUUAAGAUUUGUGAUUUCGGAGUCUCAAAGCGUUUGCAGGAAGGGACCAACUUCAGAACUACCGUUGGUACUCUUGGUUACGUCGCACCAGAGGUUUCGGAUUUGUUUGAUAACGAUUCGUCCGUGUACACCUGUGCGGUGGAUAUCUGGUCGCUCGGAUGCCUUAUAUUUGCGCUUCUGACAAAAGAAACACCAUUCCCGGCCACGAGGAAGUUGAUAUCGUACGUGGAAGGUCUCAUCCCGUUCCCAGAGUCGAAACUGGUGGAAAGAAAGGCGAGUCAGGAUGCUAUAGCCUUCAUUAUAAAUCUGAUGAUGCCGGAGCCGGAGGCGAGGUUGACCGCUCAUUCGGCGCUCAGAGAGCCAUGGCUUCGGGAGGAGUUAGAGACAACGGGCAAGAAGGGGCGGACUAGUGGUCGAUCUACUAAAAAGGCACCACACCGCUGCUCCGAUAUGCACUGUGCAGCACACCAUGGAAACCUCAACGCCGUCCGCGUAUUCGCAGAAAGAAGAGGAUCAAAUGUCAAACUUAAAAACAAGCAAGGACGGACCCCUCUCCACUCCGCAGCCGCAGCGGGCCAUGUCAAGCUGGUGCAGUACCUUUUGAAGGAAGGGGCAGAUAUCAACGCAACUGGUAGAUUUGGAGAAACCCCGCUCCAUUGUGCGGCCUCCGCAGGCUAUACAGAUAUUGUGAGGAUCCUGGUGGAGGAGGGAGCCGAGAUCAUGUAUAGGAAGAAGGACGGGCAGACCCCUUUGCAUUCCGCCGCGGCGAGUGGGCACUGUGCAGUUGUCAAUCUGCUAUUGGAGGCAGGCGCAGAUAUUUGUGCUACCGACAAGGACGGACUGACAGCACUGGGAGAAGCUACAUCUCUGGGGCGAAAGAAUAUGGCAAAGAUGCUCCUGGAGAAGGAGGGAGACUAUAGCGGUGGUAGCGGGUGCGGUGAGAAUCACCGUGGAACAAUGAUUAAGAGAUCGCGUCCCAGUAGAGAUAAAGGAUCUUCUGGUAAUAUAGUCUCGCUCGACAGCCUCCAAAUGGGAGUCAAACUUCGUGGUAAAGAAUACAGGAACACAUGGACACGCGCUGUCAAGGAAUGGGAAAAACCUCCUUCUCCCUGGCAAACACCUUUCUUUUCUUGCGAUAAAUAUAUACGCAGUAAAAAUGCCCCUAUUCUCGAGAAUAUAAUCAUACGAAUGGUUGGCGUUGUGAUGGAGAGAGCCGGAGUAGCCAUGGGCUGUAACCAUCCAGGUGAUGGGGAUAGGGACCGCGGAGGAUACCGCCAGAAACCUGCACCCCCUAUUGUUUAA